GCUCGGUCCGCGAGGGCGGCGCGCUGCGGUCUUGGCGGCGGCGGCUGCAGCUGUGGCGGCGCGCUCGGGGCCCGCGUCCGCGGCGCUCCCGGUCGCCAUGUACCGCAGUGGCUCCCGCUCCUCUGCCUCUUCGCACCGGCCGAAGGACGGCGGCGUGAGCGGCUCGCGAGCCGGCGGCCGCCCAGGGGGCUCCUCCUCAGGCCCGGCGCGCCGCCCCUCCUCGCCGCCGCCCUCCAGCUCGUCGCGGCUCCCCUCCCGCCGGCACCGCUCGCCCUCAGGCCACCGCGGGCGCCGGGCCUCGCCGUCCCCGCCUCGGGGCCGUCGCGGCUCCCCGUCCCCGCCCCGUGGCCGCCGGGCCUCGCCGUCUCCGCCCCGCGGGCGCCGGGCCUCGCCGUCCCCGCCUCGGGGUCGUCGCGUCUCCCCGUCCCCGCCGCGCGCCCGCCGCGGCUCCCCGUCGCCUCCGCGGAGCCGGCGACUCUACCCGCCGGGCCUGGCUGGCUUCCGAGGCAGCAUUCGAAGCGAGUCCCGCGCCGACUUCGCUCGGGACGGCCGCGGAGACCAUCCCGGCGACGGCGGCAGUCGGAGACGUUCUCCUGGUCUGUGUUCUGAUUCUUCUUUGGAGCAGAGUUUAAGAAUCACUGUUGGCAAUGACCACUUCUGUGUUAACACACCAGAACGGCGUCGACUUAGUGACCGGUUGGGAUCACCAGUUGAUAAUCUGGAGGAUAUGGACAGGGAUGAUCUGGCUGAUGAUUCUGUCUUCACUAGAAGCUCCCAGUGUUCUCGGAGCCUUGAACGAUACAUUUCUCGGGAGGAGGGGCCACUUAGUCCCUUAUUGGGACAACUCGAUGAGGACUACCGAGCAAGGGAAACGUUUUUGCAUAGACCUGAGUAUAGUUCCCAUAUCAGUUGUCAUGAUGAACUGUUAAGGGGAGCAGAACGGAGUAGAGACAAACUCAGAAGCUCCUCCUACUCUAUACGAUCUGAGGAAAGAAGCCGGGAGACCAAAAGGCCCCGUUAUGAUGACACAGAAAAAGGACAUGGCAUAGGAGGGGACCACUCAAGUUUCACAUUUGGGGCUCGCAACUAUCGACAGCGAAGAAGAAGCCCCAGCCCUGGGUUUCUAGACCCCGAGUUUCGAGAACUGGACCUUGCCAGGCGGAAGCGAGAGGAAGAAGAAGAGCAAAAUAGGAGCUUGAGUCAGGAGCUUGUGGGACUCGAUGAUGAUGAUGGGACUAGCUCUUCCAUCCCUGGGUUGUCAGAUGUCCUAGCAACAUCAGAGCCAGGAUAUUCUUUGCAUCAGCCUGAAGAAGUGCCUGUGAUGCCCAAGAAGUCCAUUCUGAAGAAGCGAAUUGAAGUGGACAUGAAGCCUUCCUUUCAGCUGGAGAGCUUUUCCAGCCGACCCAGCUCCCGUCGGGAUCACCCUCUCUAUUCAGAACAUUCACCUCCUCCACUAGGUGGUGCUAUUUCUGCUUUUGCUUCAGAGAUUGAAAGUAAGGGAACUACAGCUGAGGCUGACCUGAAGGAACCUCAGAGUAACCUGUACCAGUGGGGUCCCUUCCGUGAGAUACCUAAAGAGAGCAAUCCUCUCAGUGACAAAUUUGACAGUUUUCUCUGUUAUAAGGAAAAAUUGAAUUUGAAGGCUGAGGGACUUGAGCGACAUACAGACUUCUUACUGCCCCAUGAGAGAGCUAGCCAGGAUGGCAGUGGCUUUUCCCGAAUUCUGAGCAUGUUGGCUGAUCCUACCAGUACACAGGAAAAAAGAAGACGAAGUUUCCCUGACAUUGAGGAUGAGGAGAAAUUUCUCUAUGGGGAUGAAGAGGAGGAUAUGAAAGCAGAAUCUCCACCUAAGGCCCUUGGGGACUCUGAGAGUAAAGGUUCAAGACAGAAAGCAAGCUCUCUGCCAUCAACUCCAGCGAUAAAGCUAGAAUCACUAGAAGAGAGCAAUCCAGAAUAUGCCAAGAUUCAUGACUUGCUUAAGACCAUAGGACUGGAUAUUGGAGUAGCAGAAAUUAGUAAAUUGGCUGCACGCACCCAGGAGCGACUUCAUGGCAAGAAGCCAUCAUCACGCUCCUUAGCUGACCGGCGUUCAUCUGCUGACCGACACUUUUCAGCUGACCGCUGUUCCUCAGUUGACCACAGUUUCACAACUGAUCGGCGCUCAUCAGAUUCUCAAAGACUGGAGAGCAGGGAGCCACAUCCCAGCAAUACACAGUCCCCAGAAGUAUCCCAUCCACACCCAGCCUCCCCAGUAGAUCCUUACCUGCUCACAAAAAAUAGCCCUCCAUUCCUAAAGUCUGACCAUCCAAUGGGUCAUGUUUCAGGACCAGACGUAGUUGGCAGUGGGUUUCAAUCACCUGUUCCUGUUAGGUGUAUGUUGCCAUCAGCUCCAUCUACUCCAAUUAGACUUCCACACCCUGCCCCUUUAACUCAGUUCCAUAUACCAAGGCCACCCCCCCAGUUUGCUCCACCUCGGAUACCUCCAAACUACCAGGGAUCUGUCAUUCCCUCUCCGUCCUUUGAUGCUUAUAGGCACUACAUGGCUUACACAGCCCCAAGGUGGCCCAUGUAUCCUGCCUCUCAGCCAUCAAGCCUCCCAGUAUCGGAACCACACAGGCUAAUACCAACAAUCAUCAAACAAGCUACAAACAAACAAGCUAGUCGUCCCAAUCUCCUUGUAAUCCCCACCGUGACUCCUGAAAAGUCCAAACAAGAGGUGUCAGUGCUAGGCUCGGUUUCUGUUAAGCAAGUUCCUGUUCAGGUGUCCAUUCCAUCACUCAUAAGAUAUAAUCCAGAGAAGACCUCUGACGAGAAGAACCGUGCUUCCCAGAAGCAGAAGGUUAUUGAAGAGCGGGAAAAAUUGAAGACUGACCAGGAAGCCCGGCAGAAGAAAAUGUUUUCUCUCAGGACUGAACUGGAGCGCCUUCAUAAACAACAAGGGGAGAUGUUGCGCAAGAAACGAAGGGAGAAGGAUGGCCACAAAGACCCACUUCUGAUGGAGGUGAGUCGACUUCAGGAUAGCAUUAUGAAGGAUAUUGCAGAGCUGCAUAAAGAGACAGAAGAAGCAGAAAAGAAGCAAUCUGAACUGGACAAAGUGGCACAGAUCUUGGGAAUUGACAUCUUUGAUAAACCCCUGAAAUCUUCAAAUGACAGUAAAGAGUCCGCAGAGAAGCCUGAAAAAGGAGAGAAAGCUAAGAGCCCAGAGAAAGAGUUGCCACCCUUAAACUCCUCUUCUGCCAACAAGGAAUCAAAAGUAAAUGAAAAGUCCUAUAUUAAGAGCCCUAAUUCUACUGAAAGCCUCCAGCCGACCUCUAAGCAGUCUGAGCAGCCUGUUGCUGGUUAUGAGUAUUAUGAUGCUGGCAAUCACUGGUGCAAAGACUGCAACACCAUAUGUGGGACCAUGUUUGACUUCUUCACCCAUAUGCACAAUAAGAAGCACACACAGACACUGGAUCCCUACAACAGACCUUGGGCUUCAAAGACCCAGAGUGAGGCUAAGCAAGACACUGGAAAGCGAACUGACAAGAUAACUGUUCCUGCAAAAGGCUCUGAGUUUCUGAUUCCCGUCACUGGAUUUUACUGCCAACUUUGUGAGGAAUUUUUGGGGGAUCCAAUUUCUGGAGAGCAACAUGUGAAGGGUCACCAGCACAAUGAGAAAUACAAGAAAUAUGUGGAAGAAAACCCACUGUAUGAAGAACGGAGAAAUCUGGACCGCCAGGCUGGCUUGGCCGUGGUCCUAGAGACAGAGCGACGGCGGCAGAGUGAGCUGAAGCGCAAACUUAGUGAGAAACCAAAGGAGGACAAGGUAGAAAAAAAGGCAAAGGUUGUCAGAGAACCGAAGGAAGAGGACAAGGCCUCCACGGACUUAGAGGAACAGCUCUCUGAGGGCGGGAACUCCCCUGAAAAGGGUGAAGUUAGACGGAACGCUAGCCUCAAACUCCCAGGAAGAGAAGAGGUAAAGAAGGAGCCAUCAGCAGCAUCUUCCUUUGGAAAGUUCAGUUGGAAGAAGCCAGAGAAAGAGGAGGAAAAAAGUUCAGCAGCGGCCCCAAGUGCCCCUAAGGAAGACACUAUGGAAACCAGUAAGGACAAAGACGAUGGAAAAGCUGAAACCACAAAGGCAAAACCCAUCAGAAUCAAGCUUUCUGGGAAAACUGUUGUUGCGCAUACCAGCCCCUGGACACCUGUUGUUACAACUUCAACACAGACUAAGAUCCGACCCAACCUGCCUAUCCCAUCCACGGUACUCCGCAAAUCGGGGUCAGCCACAGUGAGCAAGCCUGCCCCUCUUAACACCUUUCUGUCCAUCAAGUCCUCUGGGACGUCUGCCAGACCUCUGCCAGUGGUUAAAGAGUCUUCAUCUGAUCUACUCUUGCCUCCAGAUAUCAUCUCCAAAGCUUUUGGAGGGGAAGAGGUGAUUCUAAAAGGAUCUCCAGAGGAAAAAGUGGAACUGGCUGAAAAGAAUGAGCCAUCCCAAGUACCUGAGCAAAUGUUGGCUCGGCCACCACCACCUCCACCACCUCCACCUCCACCUCCACCUCCACCACCCCUGGUUAUACCUCCUCCGUCUGCCCCAUCUCCUACUCAAGCAAAUGUCUUAGCUCCAGUGAAAUCCGAUUCUGUUAUAUCUCAGACGCUCGGUUGUGGCUUCCAAGGUCCUAAGAUUUUGAACCCAGCUUUGCCUGUAGCCUUCACGGCCUCAGAACAGCCAGUUGCUAUUCCUUCUGAUGAGACAGCUCCUGGGGUGAGUGAGAGUGACCGGGACCAGACCCUAAUCUCUAUGUUAGUGCGGCCUCCACCACCCCUCUCAAGUGUAUUCAGUGAGCAGGCCAAAAAAUUAGAAAAGCGAAACUUGUGCUUAGCGACAGCCAAUGCUAAGGACCUGUAUGGUAUAUUCUACAGCAGUGGUGGGAAGGGGGCCCAUGAGACUAAGCUGAGUAGCAGUCUGCUGGCCAACGGGGAAAACAGCAGCCUCUCCAGAACUGAAAGUUCAGAUAGCUCUUCCACUUCUGCUUUGAACAGUAGUGAAUCCCCAGAGGACCUGCCUCAAGAUAGUGGUUUGGUCACUGCUCCUGUAAUUAGCCAACUUGAAGAUCCCAUUUCAAAAGGUCUGGUGUCUGUAGAGAAAUGGUCAGUUGUAGAGCCUGUAGAUCCCCAAAGUAGAGACAGCAGCUAUAGCUUCCUACAGCCUCUGACAAGGUUGUACCAAAAUAGGCCUUAUGGAAUGGUUACCCCAAAGACAGAGACUUCGGCCAUGUGGACUUCUGCUUCCUUGCAGAGUAACACUGGUAAGGAUAGCCCUCCAGAGGGGAAAAUCAAAUUUGACCGGGGAGAGCCAGGGACAUCUGGUACAGACUCAGCUUCUCAUCUACCAGAUACACACUGUCAUACCAAAGGGUCUCAGAAGUUGGUAGAAACUAACCUUGUAGAUAGCCAAAACAAGAACCAAGAGUUGAACCAGUCUGAGGACUGUAGAGAAAGAGAAGUGAAGAGAAACACCGAACUAAAAGGAAAGGGAGCAGUUGAAGAAGGAGCAGGCGCCAGCCUUGGACUCCACAGCAUAGAAGAUUCCAGUUUGAACCACAGCAACAGAAACACAUGGGAAAGAGAAAUAGGACAACCCAAACUGUCAACAACUGACCAAGAGGUAGAGCGGUCUAGGAAAUUGAUGACAGGACAUGAAAAUGCAGGUCAAGUAGUAAUUGAAUUGAGUCAGUCUCUCUCUUCCAAAAGGGCAAAAAUAGAUUCAUUUCCAUCGUUGCUCCAGAGUCCAAAAGGUGUGCCUGAAUUACUUCUGCUAUCCCCACCCAGAUCAGAUAUGUGUUUAAAGAAACCAGAGGUUUGGGAGAGCCCAAAGAAACUAGGAAGGAACCCAGAGAAGCUAGGGGUAGAAGCUGUGGAGCUACAAGACCCCUGUCCAGAACUAACAGUGACAGUAGAAAGCAAAGCCCUGGAAAACCUGGAUGCUCCACACUUAAAGGUAGAGGGGCUUGCUGCCCUGAGGAAGCUGGGGGAUGUGUGUCCUGAUUUCUGCAAUGCUCAUGUAGAACGAGCACAUAGAUCACCACCUGCCCCAUCCCAGAAAAUGUGUGAAGAAAAUUCUGUACUAUCUGUAGUGUGUAAUCCUUCCAGCCCCACUGACUUUGAACCAAUACCAUCUUUUUCCGGGUUUCCACUACAAUCUCCCAAAACUUUGGUGCUUAAUUUUGAAACAGAGGGUGAACAUAGUUCAUCUAAUCCCAGAAAUGGAAGAAUCACCUCCAACUGUCUAGAAACAGGACACCCUGUAGAAAACAUUGACCAUGACUCAGGAGGUGAGAGAACACACCAGGCCCUUGACUUAUUGGCUGGAGGAAUGUUGUCUGAGGAAGUAAAAGAAACUUCACAAUUACCGAAAGAUUUACUCAGAAUGGAGUCCACAGCAGUCAGUCCUUCAGGCCUUGGACCAUCCCCUUGCCUUCCAGACCUUGUUGAUUUUGUCACACGGACAGCUGGAGUGCCAAAAGAGAAACUGUGCUGUCCACUCUCUGAGCCAGAUGACUUUCUUAAGUGUAAUUCCUUGGAGAUGAGCUCACCACCGCUUGGAGUUCUGAAUGUACCUGUUUCAGAGGCAGUUCCUCAAGUAAGUGAAGACGUUGGCAGUGCUGUGGACGUGGUGAGAACUCCAACCUCGGCAUCCCCCUCGAGGGACCAGGUAGUCGGAGGCCAUCUAGGCCCUCAGGAAAUGCCUGAACAAGAAGCUGCAGUUGAUGUCAUCCCAGACCACACAAGAGCAAGUGUUCAGGACUACCUGAAUGGAUGAGUCAUACUGGGUUAUAGAAAUUGGACCCCAGCUGAUCAGGACUAGUUGGCAAUCCCAUCUGGAACCUUCACAGUAAAUGUUCAUGGGAGCUAAGAAAAUUUGCCUGUUUCCCCCACUCCCUUCCCUUUAAAAUAUUAGACAAAUCAGUUUUAACUUCUCUACGUAUCUGUUAAAAAAUACGUUCUGUUAAAUUUUUUAAAUUUUUGGCCAAAUUCUUUUCUCUUUGUUAUUAAAAUCAAAUGUCUAUCUGGCUCACCUCAAAGUGUGCUUGAUUCGGGCUGUGAGGAGUGUGAGGGGAGGGGACAGCUGACUUCAGUUACUGUGGUGUAUUCCUACCCACUUUCCUGGGCAGUUGAUGGCUCUCCUGGAGAAACAUCAGAAAAGCUAGCUGAAAUGGAAACGUAUGAAGAAAGACUUGUUCCUCCCUUAGGUGUCCAUUCCUUCGGAAGAGACUGUCUCACCGUUGGUAGAAAUGCAACGGGAGUAGCUCUUGGGUUUGCUGUUUAACUUCUCUUAUUGGCAUGCUAGCUCGUCCUUCCUUACCCUGUUGCCUUUGCUUCAAAUGGUCCUGGUCACUUACAGACUGGUUUGGAAAUGGCCUCAGUAAACGAAAGAAAGCUGGCAGGCUCAGGUUUGGAAGACGACAAACUGGUAAGGCUUAUUUGUGGCUCAAUACCAGAGCGUUUGUAUUUCUGAGGGCACUUUUAGUUUUGAAAUAGCCUUUGCUCAUUAUAUUGUGGUCCAGUACCAUUUUAUGUUAAAUUAUCAGCCAUUUCUGUUGUGAACUCUAGCAGAUCUGAAAUUGGGAUUGGACACAUUCUCUGUUGCACAAGCAUAGAUGUAACCCCCUCUACCUCUCCCUUACCCAAGUUAUUAUCGCCAUAGUGUGAUGUUUUGGGUUGUACAUUUUGUUUAAUAAAAGAUGAAAGGAUUUAUGAAGUCGGCUUGGACAAAUUUAACUGUUUUUAAUGUGUUAAUUUUUUGGAAUAAAUGUACUCAUCUCA